AUGUUUUUAGGCAGUCGUAGCACCAUUUUUCGUGGCUUGAGCCGCAGCAGAGGUAUGUUGACAUUAGUGGUGUUUUUGGUCGCUUUUACACUGGCACGGUUACUAACAAAGCCAGCAGUGUAUAAAUGGCAAUCGUGGAGCUCGCGGGGGUUUUUUUCGGGUCCUGGAGGAGCUUCUCAACACAGCAACGAUGGCGGGUCAUCGGGGUUCAAUUACCACUACGCAGUAGCGUACCAGGCCAAAGACCGUUCCGAUGGCGUUUACGCAGGUCUCACACAGUUGGAUUCGCCCACGGGUGAAGACAACUACUUUGUAGGAGUGAGAAACAGUCACGACAUCUUUGCAGGUGUCGCAGACGGCGUUGGUGGGUGGGUCGAGCACGGUUUUGAUUCUAGCGCGAUCAGCCGAGAACUGUGCGCUUCAAUGCUGGACAUCUCGACACUUGAUCAAAAAUCGCUUUCACCAAAACAAUUGCUCGAUUUAGCCUAUACAAAAAUAAGAAAUGACGGCAAGGUUCAGGUAGGUGGCACUACAGCUAUUGUUGCGCAUCUAACUCCGAACGGGAUGUUAAAAGUGGCCAAUUUGGGCGAUUCCUGGUGCGGUGUAUUCCGCAAUACCAAGCUAGUAUUUCAAACAAAAUUCCAAACCGUGGGUUUCAACGCUCCAUAUCAGUUGGCGAUCAUCCCACCAGAAAUAGCCAAAGAGGCUACCAAAAAAGGCGGUUCGUAUAUUCAGAAUUAUCCAAGAGAUGCAGACGAGUACAAUUUCAAGUUACAGAAAGAUGACAUUGUGGUUUUAGCCACGGACGGUGUCACCGACAACAUCGCGACAGGAGAUAUGGAGCUGUUCUUGAGCAACAAUGCCGAAAAUGGGGAUCUGCAAGAUGUUACUCAGAUGUUUGUCGACCAAGUCAUUAAACUUAGCAAAGAUGCCAAUUUUCCAAGUGUUUUUGCCCAAGAAAUGUCAAGAUUGUACGGCCAACGCUACCUUGGUGGCAAAGAGGAUGAUAUCACAGUUGUUGUUAUAAAGGCGACAUAG